AGCUUUUACAUUGUUUUCUGCUUAGAAUUAUUUUCCGUUAACACAUAUCUUUGUAGUAUUAUUUUCAUGAGUUAAAAGAAAAAGAAAGGAAAGGAAAAGACAGAGGCAAUAGUGUUAACCAAUAGGAAAAGAUUGUUUACCGGAGUGUUCUUGUGGUAAAAUUUCUGACAUUAGUUUCAAAUGAUCGAUUUUUUAAAUUAGGCGUAUUCUUGUACUAAUACUCCAUCCAGUGUUGUUUUCUUUGUUAUACUGUCAUCAGAUCUGUGGAUAUAUCAAUUCUAGUUAUGGUCUAUUAUCUCAGUAUAAAUCGAUACUAUUCUCUUAAGAAUAUAGCCGGAUGAAAAUGACAGCACAGUAUCGGCCCUAUCGUAACGAAGACGGUAUGGAAGCUGAACAGGUAACAUGGGGUGAUCAAGAAGCGGGUGAUGUUGAAAUAUAUCAAAGAACUACAGAAGAUAUACGAGUAGUUUCGAAUAGAAAUCUUGUUGUGGGUGGCAUAGGAAUUGGAUUACUAGGUGCUCUUUUAGGUUUAAUUGUUGGUUACUUCGCACAUUCGGAACACAGUGAAUGCGUUCCUUCAUUAGCAGUGGCUUUACAUUCUGUUCAAGAAGCAAAUCCAUAUGUUCGUAAGAAAAUUUCGCAAAUGAUAAGCAAUGAAGAAAUUGAGAAUUUUAUUAAAACAUACAGUCUAGAGCCACAUGUUGCUGGUAGUUCAACUGACAGACAUUUUGCGAAGAAUAUUAAAAACGAAUGGCUCAAACAUGGUAUUGAUACUGCUGAAAUAACGGAAUAUGAUGUACUCCUGAGUUAUCCAGACAAAGAAAAGUCUAAUGUCAUAAGAAUUAUUGAUAAGCAGCUUAACAACAUUAUGAUCUUUGAGGCAGUUCGGAAAAAAUCACUCAAUCCUCCAUUCAGUGCUUAUUCUUCAAAGGGAAAUGUAACAGGACAGCUUUUGUAUGUCAAUUAUGGCCAGACAUCGGAUUUUCAGUAUUUAAGAGAGCAAGGUAUAUCAGUAGAGGGGAAGAUUUUGAUAGCAAGGCAUUGGAAAUUGCCUGCUGAUGAAAUAGUGUGGAAUGCUCAACAGGUGAAAGCAGUAGGUUUAAUUUUAUACCCAGAUCCUGAGAAUUAUAACCCUCCAAUUUUAAAAUCCGAUUCCUAUCCACAAACAUGGUGGCUUCCACCGAACGCAGCUCGCACAGAUUCUGUUCUUUGGAACGGAGCCGGAGAUCCAUUAACUCCGAGUUAUCCGUCACGCCGUGGUGCAAAUCGUUUGUCUGUGAAUUCUGCUCUUCUUCCUAGAAUAGUUGUGCAGCCUGUUAGUUAUGCUGAUGCAUAUAAGAUUUUAAGUUCGAUGGAUGGUAAGGAAGCUCCAAAAGAAUGGCAAGGAGGAUUUAAUUUCACUUAUAAAAUUGGGCCAUCAUUUAAAGAUCCAAACUGGAGUAUACAAAUGCAGGUUUACAAUCAGCUCAUUAAUAAAACUGUAUAUAAUGUUAUAGGAACAAUUCGAGGGAAAACUGAACCUGAUCGUUAUGUUUUAAUUGGCGGCCACAGGGAUGCCUGGGCGUAUGGUGCAGUCGAUGCAGCUGGUGGAACGGCAGCAUUAUUGGAACUUUCGAGGGUGUAUGGUCGUUUGUUAAAAGAAGGUUGGAGACCUAGGAGGACAAUAAUGUUCUGUAGCUGGGGUGCCGAAGAGCAUAAUAUGAUCGGCUCCACCGAGUGGCUGGAAGAUAAUUUGAAACUUCUUCAUGGUAGAGCUGUUGCUUAUAUAAAUGCUGAUAUUUUGGUUGCUGGGAAUGCAUCCAUUCGAGUUGUAGCAUCACCACUACUAUAUAAUGCUAUUUUUAAUGCUACAAAAGAAGUUUUAAAUCCGAAUGAUAAUGAAAGAGCAGAAGGUUUGAAAACAGUGUAUGAUGCUUGGCUUGUAACUUUUCCGAACAAAAGAAAUAUAUCUAAUUUAUUAUAUCCAAAAUACUCGCAGGUCAUUCCAGUUGAAGAUUAUGAUGAUUUUAUCAUAAAACCUCCCACCAACAAUCAUUCCAGUCUUUUAGACAGCUAUAUAAAAAACGCAAUGCAGUUAAAACGUCCUAAAAUCAGAGAGAUGGACAUGAGGGGAAGUUAUGCUCCUUUUUUUGUUCAUGCAGGCAUUCCAGCCAUUGAUGUGUCAUAUGUCCAUGAUUCCACUAUGUCCAGUUCAUCGUAUCCCUUACAUCACACUGAGUUUGAUAAUUUUGAAUUUGUAAAAAGGUUUAUUGAUCCAUCUUUUAAAUAUCAUGCUUCUGUAACAAAAGUUUUGGGGGAACUGUUACGGGACUUGGUGGAUUCUCUAUUUUUACCUUUUAAUUUAUUUGACUAUGCACAGGUACUCCAAGAUUUCUAUGUCAGUUUAUAUUCGAAGAUGAAACCUAGUAUGGAGCAGAAUGGUUUGGAUUUGAAUUAUUUAGAGCAAGCCAUAAAAAAUUUUUCAGAUGCUGCCAUGAAAUUUCAUGCUGCGCAAGAAUCUGUAGAUUUAUCCGAUCCCAUGACGGUUCGGCGAAUCAACGAUCAGUUGCUUCUCUUGGAAAGAGCAUUCCUGGAUCCCAACGGCUUACCCCGAAAUAUAUACAAAAAGCAUAUUGUUAUGUCUCCUAGUGAAAGUUUUUUAUCUACAGGUGAUAUUUUUCCUGGUCUGUUAGAUGAAUUUUUGAACUUGGAGCAAUAUCCCCAGGAUGAAGAAUCAUCUGAAAUAAUUAAAGCUCAUUUUUCUGUUCUAGUGUUCACUAUUCAGUCUGCUGCCAAGGUCAUUCAAAAUGUAUAAUGAGGCUUUCACCAUGCUGUUUGUUACCGUGUGAAUAAUCAUUUUUAGCAUAGCAUUUGUUAUUUUUACAAACUGAGUUUGAAACUUGUUAGAUCUGAUUUUUGUUGAUGUUAUGUGUGUUGUGGAAAUUUUUUAUGUGAUUAAUGGCUGAAUCUUUGGUUUAUGGUAACUUGGUGAAAAUUUAGAGCCAUUUUCGUACUGUUACUGCUGAACAAAAAAGCUUUACCUUUGAAACAGAGAUAAAAAAUGCACAAUCAAAUGUUGAAAAAUGCUUAAAUUAGUUGAAAUAUAUCAGAAUUUUUCAGAACAUAUAUAAAAAUGCCGGUACUUUUCCGUUUCGCCGGCGCAAAUCUCGCCAAGCAGACUUUAUUGGCGACAACAUACA